GGUCACAGACUGUGGCAAUAUCAGGGAACAAGGCUGUAGCUGUUGAAGCACCUGGAAGCGAACUGAAGUUUCUGGCUAUCUCACAAAAUCGGUGACUGAGCUGCCCAGUGCAAGGAUGGAGUUCCUCUGGUGUCCGUUGAUGAUGAUCGGGAUCCUUGCAGGGACUGCGGUGUCUCAGGGCUGCACCCCACCACCAGGGGCUCAGAACUUGGCGCUGGGGCGCCCGGCCACUCAGACCUCCACAUAUGACAAUGAAGAGAUAGGAAAAGCCGUGGCUGGAAAGGCCGUGGAUGGAAAACGCGAUGGGAAGUGGCUACAAGGCUCCUGCAGCCACACCCAGCUUGACACAGAACCGUGGUGGAGGGUGGACUUGGGCAGUCGUCAGUCUGUCUCUGCGGUGAUCGUGAAGAACAGGGAGGACUGCUGUGGGGAGAGACUCGAGGGGGCCCAGAUCCGUGUGGGAGAUGCCGUGGCUGACCAUGGCAAGCACGACCCCAUCUGCGGGACCAUCACCGACAUCGCACCAGGAUCCCUCAGCACCAUCUGCUGCAACGGGCUGGAGGGCCGUUACGUCACCGUCACCAUCCCGGGCAGGGCAGAGUAUCUCACCGUGUGUGAGGUCGAGGUCUAUGGCACCCAGCGGGGGGAUGAUGAUUGUGAGCCAGGCAGCAGCAACAAAGCGGUGCUCAGCCCCGAGCCUGGGCCGCGAGCUCUCCCUCGGCCACACGCUUUUGACGCCUCGCCCUGGCUUGCUUCCGCUAAGGUCUCCCAGGCCGUAGCCGCCUCGCCCACCGCGCCCGAGGCGGAGGGCUUGGCCUUUGGGCACCCGGACCCAUGGCGCGGGGUCUCCCAGGCCGUAGCCGCCUCGCCCACCGCGCCCGAGGCGGAGGGCUUGGCCUUUGGGCACCCGGACCCAUGGCGCGGGCAGCUGGACUUCGCUUCCCAAGCGCAGUCGCCCACAGACCGUGGCAAUAUCAGGGAACAAGGCUGUAGCUGUUGGACCACCUGGAAGCGAACUGAAGUUUCUGGCUAUCUCACAAAAUCGGUGACUGAGCUGCCCAGUGCAAGGAUGGAGUUUCUCUGGCAUCUACUAAUGGCGAUCGGGAUCCUUGCAGGGACGGGGGUGUCUCAGCAAUGCAGCCCAGCACCAGGGGGUCAUAACUUGGCACGGCGGUGCCCAGCCACUCAGUCCUCCACAUACGAUCAAUACGAACCUGAAAGAGUCAGGGCUGGAAACGCCGUGGAUGGAAUACGCGAUGGGUUUUUGACACACGACUCCUGCAGCCACACCAUGUGCGAGCAAGAGCCGUGGUGGAGGGUGGACUUGGGCAGUCGUCAGUCUGUCUCCGCGGUGAUCGUGAAGAACAGGGAGGACUGCUGUGGGCAGAGACUCGAGGGGGCCCAGAUCCACGUGGGAGAUGCCGUGGCUGACAAUGGCAAGCACGACCCCAUCUGCGGGACCAUCACCAACACUACACUGGGAUCCGUCAGCACCAUCCCCUGCAACGGGCUGGAGGGCCGUUACGUCACCAUCGUCAUCCCAGGCAGAAGGGGGAUUCUCACUCUGUGUGAGGUCGAGGUCAUAGCUCAGGGUUGUCCCCGACCACCAGUGGGUUAUAACUUGGCACGGGAGCAGCCUGUCUCUCAGUCCUCCACGCACAAGGAAUACGGGCUUGAAAAAGCCGGGCCUGGAAAGGCCGUGGAUGGAAAAUGCGAUGGGAUUUUGGACCAUGGCUCCUGCAGCCACACCCAGGACGAGAGUGAUCCAUGGUGGAAUGUGGACUUGGGCAGUCGGUAUUCUGUCUCCACGGUGAUCGUGAAGAACAGGGAAGACUGCUGUGGAGAGAGACUCAAGGGGGCCCAGAUCCAUGUGGGAGACUCCAAGGAUGGCCAGGGCAAGCAAGACCCCAUCUGUGGGACCAUCACCGACACCGCACCAGGAUCCCUCAGCACCAUCUCCUGUGAUGGGAGGAAGGGCCGUUACGUCACUAUCACCAUCCCGGGCAGGGUGGAGGCUCUCACCCUGUGUGAGGUUGAGGUCUACGGCCCUUCCUGCGUCUCUCCUGUCGUUUGUCUGCAUCCCACGCUGUUCUGCCCAUGUCUCCCCUCCCCUUCCCUGGCAACGUGGUUCUGAUCCCACAGGAGCCAG